AGAGCGAGAAACUCGUUGCUCUCUCUCUCUCUCUCUCCCCAAUACUCCAAGUCUCCAAUACUGGCUUGAUGGAAGAGCGAAAGGCCAAAGAGUGGGGGAGCCGCUUCCGGUUUCUGGGGCUCGGUCGAUGGAGAAGCGAGCCACGGGUUUUUCAUGGGCCAAGGACGGAUAACUAGGGUUAAGGGUUGCGGAAGAGGGUUAGGUUUUGGGGGCAGCCGCGAUUGCGAGACCUGGGGAGCCCCUGACACAGGUCAUGAUUGAAGGAAGAGACCGCUAUUUAAAACCCCCACCCUCCCCUGCACCUCUUCCCAUCCAAAAAAAAAUCCCCAAAAGCCUCUUUGUAAACCGUUUGCAACUCCCCUCCCAUUCCCUGUUCCACCGCUUUUCCUCUCCCCUUCCUUUUUUGUUCUGCGAUUCCUUCCCAAACCCUAAUCCUCAGCUUUCUUGGGAGAAAGAGAGAAAGAUAGGAGGAAAGGUAAAGAGAUAAAGGGGUUGUUGCUAUCUAGCUUGGUCAAAGAUGAUGGUGGAAAAGGAGGAUCUGGGGCUCAGCCUCAGCCUGAGCUCGUCGGAGACUCGGUUUGCUCUCCAGCUCAAUCUCAUGCCGCCUCCUCCGCCUUCCUCCUCCCCUGCGCCGCCGCAGCCGCCGCCGUUCCUGAAGUCCCAAUGGAGCGACCUCCUCGCCUCUUCGGAGAGGAGAACGAACGGGCCGCUGCUGAGGGGGAUCGACGUGAACCGGGCGCCGGCGGCGGAGCGGGAGAGCGAGGAGGAGGCGGGGGCGUCGUCGCCCAACAGCACCGUUUCUAGCGUCAGCGGGAAGCGCGGCGGCGCGGAGGAGCACGAGGCGGAGCGCGCGUGCUCCCGGGGGGUCUCCGACGAGGAGGACGGCGACGGCUCCCGCAAGAAACUCCGCCUCUCCAAGGACCAGUCCGCCAUCCUCGAAGAGAGCUUCAAAGAACACAACACCCUCAACCCUAAGCAGAAGCUGGCGCUGGCCAAGCAGCUCAACCUGAGACCGAGACAGGUGGAAGUGUGGUUCCAGAACCGAAGAGCGAGGACGAAGCUGAAGCAGACGGAGGUGGACUGCGAGUUCCUCAAGAGGUGCUGCGAGAAUCUCACAGAAGAAAACAGGAGGCUCCAGAAGGAAGUCCAGGAGCUGAGAGCUUUGAAGCUAUCGCCCCAGUUCUACAUGCACAUGACCCCUCCCACCACCCUCACCAUGUGUCCUUCCUGCGAGCGUGUCUCCAACUCCACCAAUACCGCCACCGUUUCCACACCGUCCACGGGGCCGCCGCAGCCCGAUCACCAUCCUCUCCUCCUCCACCACCACCACCGUCCGAUUCCCAUCGCCCCUGCCGCCGCCGCCCCCGUCGCCGCACCGACUCCCUGGUCCCCGAUGCCGCUUCGCCCCUCCUUUCUCGAUGCCGCGCCACAGCGUAGUUAAACUGGAUGUGGUGAAACCAAAAUCAUCAUCCUAACUAGCUGCCAUGCCGUGGUUAUUUUGGAGCUGAUGAUGGAUAUUGGUUGUAUGAUCUUCGGUGGGAGGAUGCGGUCGGAUACCAUGGAAUGAUGUCUACGUGUUCUGUCGAUGAUGAUGAUGAUGGUUGGGUGAGUGAUGGUGGAGACGCUCCGUCAGCUUUUCUUCUUUGACGGGGAAUUCCUUGGCCCAUCUUUCUCAUCAUAUUUAGUUCGAGCAGCUACACUUUUUUCUCGGGCUUUCCUCUAUUUUAAUUAUGGAAAUACUCCACGAAAUCUAAUCAGAGGAGGUGGGGGCGGUUUUCUCAGACUCUCGGUCAAAAACUCUCUCUAAAAAAAAAUUAAGAAUGAAAAAUUCUAUAUAAAUAUCAAGUUUUUUUUUCCUUCUUUAUUA